AUGCCUCAGUAUACCUCCCGUGAUGUCGGCGACCCGACUCAGAUCAAGAAGACGAAGCAGUCCAUGGCAGACCUCAAGCUUAGGCGCUUAACGGAGCUGAACAACAGGCUGCGUGAGGAUCUGGACCGGGAACGCAUUCCCGUCAGCACCGCCUCCAAGAGCAUAAUCGCUUACUGCAAUGGUACAAGAGAUUACAUGGUUCCUUCAGUAUGGGGAACUGUCCCCAAGGGCGAGGACCCCUAUGCUCCACAACAAUCCGGCGGCUGCUGUGUUAUCAUGUAA